AUGACACGAAUCUGGACCGGAAGUAGCGGGUUCAAACAAGCAAGCCGAGCAAGUGAAACACGACCACAACGUAAAGACUACAAUCAGCUUUCAUCCAAUGAGAAACUUGACAACAGACAAAUUGAAGAUGUGCACAUAGAUGAAGCCGAGGUGGAUUCCGACGCAAGCAGUACUGACUUAGACGAGCGAGACACGCGCAGUGUUUGUCCGCCUUGUACGCAUGAUCGAUAUAACAACAACGUCCGAAGGCGUGCCCAUGAUGAUUUUAGCGAUGAUACCGAUUACGAUGAAGCACUGACCUGCAACGUUUGUGACCGAUCAUUCCCGAGUCGACGUCAGCUCAGUGACCACCAGCAGAAGAAAAGACAUUUUGGCUGCAGCUCCUGCGAUAGUCUGUUCCCGUCGCUGAUGGCGCUCGAGCACCACAAGGAGGAGUUUCAGCACUGGAGCGACUCCUCUUACUGCUCGCACAGCGAUUCUGACGAGAGCGACGAAUGUCAUGAAGACAGGCAUCGAUUACUAUAAUGCCACCAUCUCAUUAUUGCCGGGGACAAACCAGCCAAGCUGGGCACUUUUGUUUAGUAACCUCUAGAUUGUAGGCGUGAUGCAAAUACAGAUAACAACUCGACCAUUUAUCUUAUUGAAAAUGUAUUUAUAUCAAUUAUAAAAAUUGUAUCUCUACAUUACUUUGUAAGAUUCAUCUCAAUAGAAACAAUGCAAUGAAAUAUGAAAAAUCCCAGUAAAACUUCUUGUGAAGAAAAUUUAUUUUUUUCUAAAAUUUGGGACUAAUGUUAGUUUGUUUUAAGGUGUUAUAUUUAAAACUUACCUAUCUACCAUACCCAAUACAAAUAAUGAAUUUUAUACUAAGUGUAUAAUAUCUUGUAUGAUUUGCAGAGUACAGAA